AUGCGUCUAUCGUCAGCUCCACUACUGCGAGCCACCUUCGUGGCCGCCUGGCUCGUCUCGACGGCCCUCGCGAUGCCCCAAGUCGUCGACCGCGAAGACCCGCCGCUGUCCCUCCCUAAACCGAUCGCGACGGCCGACGAGGGCGACAAGGCCAGACCCAGCAACUCGACAGCGGCGUCACCGUCGCCGCCAUCACAAGGAGAAGAGCAACAAGCCAAACCCCCGAUCCCUAUCACGGUGCGCCUGUUCCCGAGCGCGCCCGGCGUCAAGACGUGCCGCGGGUCCCCCUUCGUCGACAUGGCGCUGCCGGCCGACGCGUCGAGGCAGCCGACCUUCACGACGCGCGACGGGCAGUGCUACAACCUGCCCGGGACGGCGCAGUGCGGCCUCUUCGCGGGCAACAAGGCGGACGGGUGCGAGGCGAGGCUGUUCCGCGGCGAGCGGUGCACGGCGUUCUCCAACGUGGCCGUGUUCCAGGACGAGCUGCGGCCCGUCGGCGGCUUCUUCGCGAGCAUGAGCAUCAAGUGCGGCAUCGUGCCCGUCGAGCCCAAGCCGCUGAGCCUCGGCGGGCUCGGCGGCAAGUUGCAGAAGCCGGUGCAGGGCAAGAGACGGACGACGGCCGCGAGGGGGUCGGCGCCGGACGCGGGGAUGCACGGAGAGUGA